GGAGCAGCCAAAGAGAGAGAGAGAGAGUGAGACGCAGCAAGAGAAAGGGCAUAAAAUACAAUAACGAAUCGCAGAAAAAAUAACAAUUGAAUAUUGUUUAUAAAGUUGAACACAAUUCGAAAGGAUAAAGACAAAAGAAAAUUGUAAACAAUGGCAGAGUUAGCUAAGCGCAAUGAGACGCUGCUGGACGAGCCGACUGAGGUCGUAGAUUGCGACAUUGACUUCGAGGAUGUGGCAGAGCAGCCACAAUCCUCGCAAGCGCCAGUGCAGAAGAGCGGCAAGCUAAUCAAGAAGGCGAUCAAGAAGGCGUAUAAGGCGCAGCGCAUGCUGCAGCAGGCCAUGGAUCAGCUGGCCGCCGAGCGGGCCAAGGACCAAAGGGCUCAGGUCAAGGAGGCCAAGAAGCUGAAGAAGCAGCAGAAGAAGCAGAACAAGAAGGCCAAGAAGCAGCAAAAGGAGCAGCAGGCUCAGCAGUCAAACCUGAACAUGGAGCAGAAUGAGCAGCCACGUCCGCGCUCUAACAGCGUCAGCUCAACGUCCAGCUCCUCGAGCUCAUCCAGCGGCUCGUCCAGCUCGUCGAGUAGCUCGAGCUCCGGUUCGGAGCACAACUUUGGCCGUCAUCCCUGCCAUGGCUGGGGCCGCAAGUGGGCUGGACGCCAUGGUCAUCAUCAUGGCCGCAGAGAUCGUUCCAGAUCUCGUUCGCACAGCCGCUCCGAUGAACGCUGGCGCCGGCAUGGACAUCAUGGACAUAGGCACGGCCUUGGUCCCCAUUACUUCGGACCGCAUCACUUCGGGCCGCAUCACUUCGGGCCGCAUCACUAUGGACCGCAUCAUUUUAUGGCGCGUGGCGGCUUCGGUGGCUGCCCCUGGCCAGUGUGGGAACAUCAGCAGUUUUUUCGGAACGGCGGCCUGCCGUGGGCCCUGGAGACGAGCACGGUAUGGCCGAGAAACCGAUCGAGAUCUAGGCCGCGUUCACUUUCCCGGCGCAGAGGUGGUAGACAUCACAGCAUUGGACACAAGCGAUCCGGACACGGACACGGACAUGGCCACAAGGGUCGUCACCAUGAGCGUCGAGUGAAUCGCUCUAGCUCCAGUUCGAGCUCCAGCUCUAGCUCUAGCUCCAGUUCCAGCUCUGGCUCCAGCUCUGGCUCCAGCUCUGGCAGUGACAAGGAAUGGGGUCCUCGACGUGGACAUGGUCACCAUCGAGGCCCCCCUCAUUGGCCACACCACGGUCCGCAUCAUGGUCCCCAUCACGGACCACAUCAUGGUCCGCAUCACGGUCCGCAUCACGGCCCACAUCGUGGUCCGCAUCCUGGCCCGCAUCAUGGCCCACAUCAUGGGCCGCCUCAUGGACGGCAUCAUUGGCCACACCAUGGCCCUCAUUUUGGCCCACCUGGACCGCCAGGUUUUGGCCCACCGCCAUGCGGUCGCCCCAGCCGCUCACGCUCGCGCUCCCCUUGCAAGGAUGGCAAAUCAGCUGAGCGUCCGGUGAGUCCCACUCGCGAUACUUCGAAAUCUGGACAUCACAAGCACGAGAAACACGGCAAGCACGAGAAACACGGCAAGCAUGAGAAACACGGCAAGCACGGCAAGCAAGGCAAGCACGGCAAGCAUGGCAAACAUGGUGGGGGCAAGGACAAGCACGGACCGAAUCGGGAAGGUAUCCUAUUUGACGAAUUCGGUCCUUGGAAUAGAUUUGAUUGAAAUAAGAACGCCUUUAAUUGUGCAUCGAAAACAAUUUCUAUUUACAUUUCGCAUAUAUCAACAUAUUAUCUUCAAUCUAUACCAAAAAAAAAA